UUAAUCUGGUCUUUUUUUCAUAUAUACUGCAGAUUAUGAAUUUGUUUUUAACAACAGAAAAUUAAGGGUCCACCUGAACAAGAUUUCCGUGUUUUUCAGCAUCUGUUUGUGAUCAUCUUCACAUAGCAACUUUACCUUCAGGACUUGCAGCAGUACCUAAAGGAAGCAAAGGAAGAAAAAAAAAAAAAAUCAUGCCACCCCUCAACACUUCUCGUCCCUCUCCUAUGACUUUUUUCCUAUUGGGCAUCCCAGGACUAGAGCACCUUCAUGCCUGGAUUGGAAUUCCCUUUUGCUCAAUGUAUGUGGUGGCUGUGGUGGGGAAUGUGACCAUCUUGGCUGUGGUGAGGGCAGAGCGAAGCCUCCACGAGCCGAUGUUUCUCUUUCUGUGCAUGCUGUCUUUCACUGACCUGGUCCUCUCCACCUCUACACUGCCCCGCAUGCUCUGUCUCUUCUGGCUCAGAGCUCAUGACAUCGCCUUUGAUGCUUGUCUGACCCAAAUGUUCUUCAUCCACAGCUUUACUGCCAUGGAAUCAGGCUUCUUCUUGGCCAUGGCCAUUGACCGUUAUGUGGCCAUCUGUGACCCACUGCGCCAUACCACCAUCCUCACCCACACUCGCAUUGCCAUAAUGGGUAUAAUUGUAGUGAUUCGUGGUGUAGCCUUCUUUUCCCCACAUCCCAUUCUGCUCAAGCAGCUACCCUACUGUAGAACACGAAUCAUUGCUCACACCUACUGUGAGUUCAUGGCUGUAGUGAAGCUAGCGUGCAUGGACACAGGGGUAACCAAGCAUUAUAGCCUCAGUGUGGCUUCCAUCAUUGGGUCGUGUGAUGCCAUUCUUAUUGCUGUAUCCUAUGCCUUCAUCCUCUGCUCUGUAUUCCACCUGCCAUCCAGAGAAGCCAGCUUUAAGGCUUUGGGUACGUGUGGUUCCCAUGUCUGUGUCAUUCUUGUCUUCUAUUCCACAGCUGGUUUUUCCAUUUUUACUCACCGUUUUGGAAAAAAUGUGCCUGCACGCAUUCAUAUUUUUAUUGCCAAUAUGUACCUUUUGGUGCCCCCUUUCCUCAACCCCAUUGUAUAUGGAGUAAGGACCAAGAAAAUACGGGAAAAUGUUCUUAGAGUCCUAAGGGUCAAAGUUGCCUGAUUCUGUUGGAUAAGUAACAGAGAUGGUUCAAGGAUAUUUUGAAAUAAAAAAGAGAAACGACUAACUGUUCUCACUUCCCCAACCUGAAUUGCAAUUAGUACCUGAAAUUUCUGUUAUUUACCAGAUGUCUGUAAUUCCUAGAAUUUUAAAUGAACAAAAGCUUCAGGUAUUUCGUUUAGUAAAUAUUAGAGCAAAGAUUGUUA